AUGAGGAUUAUGAUCAAGGGAGGUGUGUGGAAGAACACCGAAGAUGAGAUCCUCAAAGCCGCCGUGAUGAAGUACGGCAAAAACCAAUGGGCUCGUAUCUCCUCCCUCCUCGUUCGCAAGUCCGCCAAGCAGUGUAAAGCUCGUUGGUACGAAUGGCUCGACCCCUCCAUCAAAAAGACUGAAUGGACCAGAGAAGAAGAUGAGAAGCUUCUACAUCUCGCAAAGCUCUUACCUACUCAAUGGAGAACCAUUGCUCCCAUCGUGGGACGUACGCCGUCUCAAUGCCUCGAGAGGUACGAGAAGCUUCUUGACGCGGCGUGCAGUAAGGACGAGAGUUACGAAGCGGGGGAUGAUCCGAGGAAGCUACGUCCUGGUGAGAUUGAUCCUAACCCGGAGUCGAAGCCUGCUCGGCCUGAUCCGGUGGAUAUGGAUGAAGACGAGAAAGAGAUGCUUUCUGAGGCGAGGGCGAGGUUGGCUAACACUAGGGGGAAGAAGGCUAAGAGGAAAGCUAGGGAGAAGCAGCUUGAGGAAGCGAGGAGGCUUGCUUCUCUGCAGAAGAGGAGGGAGUUGAAGGCUGCUGGGAUUGGUAAGAGUCAUAGGAAGAAGAAGAGGAAAGGGAUUGAUUAUAAUGCGGAGAUUCCUUUUGAGAAGAGGGCGCCUGCGGGGUUUUAUGAUACGGGUGAUGAAGAUCGGCCUGCGGAGCAAGUGAAGUUUCCGACGACUAUUGAGGAGCUUGAAGGGAAGAGGAGGGCUGAUGUGGAAGCGCAGUUGCGGAGGCAGGAUGUUGCGAGGAACAAGAUUAACGAGAGGAAGGAUGCUCCAGCAGCUAUAUUGCAAGCGAAUAAGUUGAAUGAUCCUGAAGCUGUUAGGAAGAGGUCGAAGCUAAUGUUACCACCACCACAGAUUUCGGAUCACGAGCUUGAGGAGAUUGCAAAGAUGGGGUACGCUAGUGACCUUCUUGCGGAGAAUGAGGAGUUAACAGAAGGCAGUGCUGCUACUCGUGCGCUUUUGGCUAAUUACUCACAAACGCCAAGGCAGGGAAUGACGCCCAUGAGGACGCCACAAAGAACUCCUGCUGGUAAAGGUGAUGCUAUUAUGAUGGAAGCAGAAAAUCUAGCUAGAUUAAGAGAUUCUCAGACACCUUUGCUGGGAGGAGACAAUCCUGAGUUGCACCCUUCUGACUUUACUGGGGUCACUCCUAGGAAGAAAGAGAUUCAAACGCCUAAUCCGAUGCUGACUCCUUCAAUGACUCCUUCGAUGACUCCUGGUGGUGCUGGCCUUACUCCCAGACUUGGCUUGACGCCAUCAAGGGAUGGUUCUUCUUUUGCUAUGACACCCAAAGGAACUCCCUUCAGGGAUGAACUUCACAUAAAUGAAGACAUGGACAUGCACGAGAGCGCUAAACUUGAGAGGCUGAGACGAGAGGAAGCUAGAAGGAGCUUACGCUCCGGACUUACUGGGCUUCCUCUGCCAAGGAACGAGUACCAGAUAGUUGCACAACCUCCUCCAGAGGAAAGUGAAGAGCCAGAAGAGAAAAUUGAGGAAGAUAUGUCAGACAAGAUAGCUAGGGAAAAGGCUGAGGAGGAAGCAAGAUUGCAGGCACUGCUUAGGAAAAGGUCCAAGGUGUUGCAGAGAGAUCUUCCUAGACCUCCAGCAGCUUCGUUGGAACUAAUUAGGAAUUCAUUGCUUUCAAGCAACGGAGACAAAAGUUCUGUUGUUCCUCCUACUCCAGAUGAGGUUGCAGAUGAAUUGGUAAGAAAGGAGCUUUUACAGUUGCUGGAGCAUGAUAAUGCAAAGUAUCCUCUUGAUGGGAAAUCUGAGAAAAAGAAAGGAGUCAAGAGCCGUGCUAACAGUUCUGGUACUCAAGUUCUUGAAAUUGAAGACUUUGAGGAAAAUGAACUCGAAGAGGCUGACAAAAUGAUCAAGGAGGAGGCGCAGUUUCUUUGCGUGGCAAUGGGAAACGAGAACAAGACACUUGACGAUUUCGUAAAAGCUCACGACGAUUGCGUGAAGGAUCUCACGUACUUCCCCACUCGUAAUGCUUAUGGGCCUUCAAGUGUUGCUGUGAAGGCAGAAAAAGUUGCAGCUUUGCAAGUGGAGAUGGAGAAUGCUAGAAAAAAAAUGGAGGAAGAUGAGAAGAAGGCAGAACACAUGAAGGCUAAGUAUAAAACGUAUACAAAGGGUCACGAGAAACGAGCAGAGACCGUGUGGAGCCAAAUAGAGGCGAGUUUGAAGCAGAUUGAGAUUGGUGGAACAGAAGUAGAGUGCUUUAAAGCAUUGAAGAGACAAGAAGAGAUGGCUGCAUCUUUCAGGAAGAAGAAUCUAGAGGAAGAAGUGGUAAAGCAAAAGGAGACUGAGCGGAAACUGCAAGCGCGCUAUGGAGAACUGUUGACAACGCUUGAAAAGGCAGAGGAGAUAAUGGUCGGGUUCCGAGCACAAGCAUUGAAACAAGCGGACGUUGACGAUUCUCAAGUGAAAGAAGCGGACGUUGAAGAUUCUCACAAAGUGAAAGAGGCUAAGCCAGCCACUGGAGUGGAAGCUUCUACUUAA